CUCGGCCUGUUCUACGGACAGUAACCGUAUUCGCGGGGGAGCAGCUUCGUGGUUUCUCGGAUCGUGUCGUGUUGGAGGUUUUGGUUUUUUUUUUUUGCAUGUAAACAAAACAGACCGAAAAACGCUUGAGACGUUUAACGUUAGCUGUCCAAGUCGGUUUUUUUUUAAAAGACGUGUUUUAUGUAAAUGCGCGCGCAUUGGCACGACCACACAAACACACCAUCUCUAUCAAAUGUCACAAGUUAGUGAACUGUUCAGUGGUUAAUUAAUGGAUAUGCCUGGCGACAUUAUGCAGAGCUAUGAUAUGCUAAGCUAAGCUAAGUGAAGCGAAUGAUUGUGAUUAUGCACGUAGGCCUUGCGCUGAAGUUGAACUUCUAAACGGACUUUCUAACUUGUCACAUUAGCGCGAGGCCCGCACUUCCAGGGCCGUUUUUGGAUGAGGAAGUGAACUCAACACAGACAACCCAGCCCUUAAGCGAGAAGCAUUUAGCAUGCUAAGAAGCUAACAUCGGGCAAAACUUUGACAGCAACUGAAGUCAUGAAGAAAUAUUUUUCUUCCUCUUCGCAACUUGUCAGCGUUAUCAGAGAAAGGAACCCAUUUGAUGGGCAAAUCCUCUUUCCUGAGCUCCUGGGGCAAAAUCUGAGCAGUGAUCAUGGACGAACAGGAGGUUUUGAACUCGAUCAUGCAGGACCUGGCUGAACUGCAGCGCUCCAGCCGGUCAGCCAUGCCUGAUCUGGGAAAACCCAAAGCCUCGUCCCCCAAGAACCAGAAUGAUGUUCGGGUGAAGUUUGAGUACCGAGGAGAGAAGAGGAUCCUGCAGUUUCCUCGACCUCUCAGGCUGGACGAUCUGAGUGCCAAAGCUAAAGUGGCGUUUGGUCAAACAAUGGACCUGCAUUACACCAAUAAUGAGCUGGUGAUUCCUUUGAGCACCCAAGAUGAUCUGGAUAAGGCUGUUGAGCUGCUGGAUCGCUCCGUCCACAUGAAGAGUCUCAAGAUUCUGCUGGUGCUUUCAGCAUCUACUCAGAACUCCCUCUCCGGUAUGAAUAUGUUGCUGACGCACGAGCAUCUGGACAACACGGACAGGAAGAGCAUGCUGGCCCUGAUAGGAUCUCAAUCGACAGACCGCAGCUCUCCCCCACCAGGCUACAUCCCUGACGCUCUGCAGCAGGUGGCCAGAAACGGCUCGUUCACCAGCAUCAACAGCGAGGGAGAGUUCAUACCUGAGAGCAUGGACCAGAUGCUGGAUCCGCUAUCCAUGAGCAGCCCUGAGAAUUCAGCAUCAGGCAGUUGUCCUUCAUUGGAUAGCCCUCUCGAAAGCGAUAGCUAUCCUAAAUCCCGCAUGCCCCGAGCUCAGAGUUACCCAGAUAACCAUCAGGACUUUCCGGAAUGUGACAUUCCAGUGUUCGAGAAGUCAGGGAAGGGUGGUACGUAUCCACGGAGAUAUCCCGUCCCCUUCGGUCUGCAGGACUACAGUGAUGGGCGUAAGACAUUUCCACGAGCACGGCGAACACAGGGCCACGGCUUUCGCUCACCCAUGAGCUUCAGUCCGACGGACCAGAGCCCGAGCACCAGCAGCGGCAGCAGCAUCUUCUCGCCUGAACUGGAAGAGCCAGGUCGUCGGCGCCGUGGUAGCGACAUUGAGCCCAACCCCAACCCAACACUCUCUGUCAUGGACAUCAGCCCGCCCAGUCGCUCUCCUCGUGCCCCCACAAACUGGCGCCUGGGAAAGCUGCUGGGUCAGGGAGGAUUUGGUCGGGUCUUUCUCUGUUACGAUGCUGACACGGGCAGAGAACUUGCCGUCAAACAGGUCCAGUUUGACCCAGACAGCCCGGAGACCAGCAAGGAGGUGAGUGCGUUGGAGUGUGAGAUCCAGCUCCUGAAGAAUCUUUUUCAUGAACGCAUAGUCCAGUACUACGGCUGCCUGCGGGACACACACGAAAGAACUCUCUCUAUCUUCAUGGAGUACAUGCCUGGGGGAUCAAUUAAAGACCAACUCAAGUCUUAUGGCGCCCUGACAGAAAACGUCACUCGUAAAUACACACGGCAGAUCUUGGAAGGAGUGUGUUACCUGCACAGCAACAUGAUUGUACACAGAGACAUCAAAGGUGCCAACAUCCUGAGAGAUUCAGCUGGAAAUGUGAAGUUAGGUGACUUCGGGGCAAGUCGUCGUCUGCAGACCAUAUGUCUGUCAGGAACGGGCAUAAAGUCAGUGACAGGAACACCAUACUGGAUGAGCCCAGAGGUCAUUAGUGGAGAGGGCUAUGGAAGGAAAGCUGAUAUAUGGAGUGUUGGCUGCACCGUAGUUGAAAUGCUAACCCAGCGGCCUCCUUGGGCGGAGUUCGAGGCGAUGGCAGCCAUCUUCAAAAUCGCAACACAACCGACCAACCCUACACUCCCAGCCCAUGUGUCUGACCACUGCCGUGACUUCCUUAAACGCAUUUUUGUGGAGACAAAACAACGGCCAGCUGCUGAGGACUUAUUACGGCAUUUUUUUGUUCACUAACCCCUCGAUCACUGAACUAUUAGAGACAACCCUAAGUGUCUGCCCUUUUCUACACUUCGCCCAGCCUGCUGUAGAGCGCUUCCAUUGGACCAGAGAGAAUGGAGGUGUGGCUUAGCAGAAAGGCGCUUUAUGCCUCUGUUGGUGGAGGAUAGCAUUUGGGAGCAGCUUGAUUCUGUAUGAAAACAUUGCACCUUAAUUUCACUCAGGGGUAAGUACCCCUAAAGACUAAACGAGUUUUAUUAUUGUAGGUUUUUUUUUUGUUUGUUUGUUUGUUUUUUGUUUUUUUGAGUUAUGCGAACUUGGACUAGGAGACUAUGCUCCAGGGAGUCUCGUCAGCUUCUAGGCUUAUGGGAUGAAUCUGAGAGGCUAUCUCGUUCCAACACGACCCAGAAUGUACUGUCGAGCCCAGGAGAGGGCUGGUGUGCCAUCAAGCUGCUAAAAAAAGGCAAAUCUAAGGAUAAAAAAUCAGACCACAGGGUGUUGGGACUCCAGCGUUACUCCUCUAAGUUCUCAUUCUCUUGCACAGUUAGUACAGACCGCAGACACACACUUUCAUCAUCAACAUCUAUACUGUAGAUUUCAUCUCUCACUAUGCUGUACAAACGUUAGUUGUUGCUGUAUCUCCGUCUCUCCCUCUCCGUGUUCACGGUUUAUCAGAGUGUGCCACUAUUUUUGAGCUGUAGGGUCAAGCAGGAUUGUGAUUCGUUUGUUUCACUCAGUCAGUGUUGCUUUUGCUUCGUGCCUUUUAGGUUUGUGGAAACCGAGUGAUUUGUGCUAUGAAGUCUUCUCCUUCUCUUAUUCUCUGCUUCAUUUACAAACAAUUCCUUAAGCACUCCUUUUGCCUUCCCAUAACACAGUGCCGGAUUCUUCAGCAUAAGCUGAGGUCGUCUUUUAAACACAUUCAUCCAUUAAAGCCAAAAACCCAGAACACACGCUGGGGCUGGUGCCUAGAGACUACAAUCAUUCAAGUCUUUAAAGGAAAAAUCCACCAUGAAUGACUCGUAUAUUAAUCUUUCAAAAGAACACAUCUUUAGUAGCGUUUAAGAUUUAUUCUGUAAUGUUGACUUUUUUUUAUUUAUUUUUAUUUAUUUUUUUUUUAAACUUCUCAUUCACACGGGGAUCUAUUUUCACUUAACGUUACCCACAAUGCAAUGCAGUGGCGCUUUAGUCCUUUUAGUCCAGCUCUCUCACUUCCAGAUCUGUACACCGUGCACCAACAUCAGCUUCCAAAGCUUCAACUUUCAUGUGUUCGCCUGCCAGUGCUAGUAGAUCGCUAACUAGCCGCUGCCUUAACGCGCGCGGUUGAGUCACGUUUAUAGCUGUGUUGCAUUCUGUGACUUUGUGUCCACUAUGUGCAGUACCAUCUACACUAUUUCUGUGUUGGAAUUCUCGUUCGUAUGACAUCGAACAUCACUGGAGAACGGUUAGCGAUAAAAGAAGCUCUUGCUUUUUUGAUAAGCUGGACCAUAAUUUCGGCGAGUUUUAUCUCCUGUUAAACAGCACUGUAACUAACGUCUCCCUGUGACAUCAGAGCAGUGCGAUCUUUUCACAGGAAUAAGGACAAAGACAGCACCAGUGUACAAAUUAGCACCCGGAGACUUUUAAACAGGCCACAGAUAUUUCAAUAUAAAUGUAUGUUGUGUUUCAGGGUGGAGUUUUCCUUUAACAGCAGCAUGAAUGUUAUUUAUUUGAAAUAGAUGAUUGAGGAAAUAAACACAAGGCUUAUUUAGAUUACAGUUUAUCCAUACGUGUUUAAUUGCCAUAUUUAGGAAGCCUGCAGAAUUCUAAAGUAUUAUUUUCUUUUUCUUUUUUUUCUUUUUUUUUUUUUUUACAGUGCCAUAAGAAGAAGGAAAAAAAGAUGAAAUUUUAUUAAAGAUUUGAUUUCAGUGUUUUUUUUAAAUUUAUUUUUAUAAAUGUUGAAGCAGACCUCAAGCCCAACGUGAAUUCAAGUUCUCAUUAAUGCUCAACAGUACUUGACCGUAUUUGCAACUGUUUUUAACUGAAACUGACCUCACUAUCCCACAAACGUCUUGACAGGUAUUUUUAUUUUCAUUUUUUUUUGUAAGCUCAUGUUAUUAAUCCAUAACACACGCUUGCACACACUACUGCAGCAUGCUUAGUGUCUUAGCUUGCCUUUUGAUCGCAGACGUGUAGAUCAGUGUUAUGGUUAGAAAUGUGUUGCUUUUCCUUUACUUGUUCAGCAGUGCCUAUGUUUUGGUCAUUUACAUAUUUUUCUCCUUGGUACCUUUUAAUGUCCGGGGUCUUUCACAGCUCUUUGGCAUCAGAGUUUGUUUAAACCGUUUACAACACCACUGAAUUAUCCAAAUGAGCUCGUCCUUUUAACAAAGUACGAAAUCAAAUGAAUGAAGCGGAUGUUUUGCCUGUCGGCCCUGACUGAUCUGAACAGAGUUUUCCAUGGAGGGAAACCGUCAGCCAUGUUUACGUGCAGACGUUUUCACUAAACUGAACAAAUUAUUUGAUUUAUUUAUCUUCACCUCAAACAGCCUGUUAAAUCUCCUUGUGUGUGUUACAUAUAAUCCCAUCCACAUGUAUUGUAACUAGUUAUUACAAUAACAAGGAGAACCUUUUAAGUUUUGUCAGUGGAACAAAGAUUUUUCCAUUUGUGGUGAAGAUUUUAGUUACGUUAAUGUUUGCAUGUAAACAUAGCUCUUCAUGGAUAGUCCAUUUCCCUCUCACAAACAGCUGUUAUUAUUUAAAAAAAAAAAAAAAAAAACCUUGGACAUUAAUGUGAAUACACAUUAGGUACUUGUGUUUAACAGGAAGAGUUAUUUAACUGUUUAAAAAAAAAAAAAAAAAAGCUGCUGGUUUAUUUUUGGUCACAUUUUUCGACUUGUUAAAAGGAGAUGGUGGAUGUGUAUCGGACACGAUCUGUUUAAUUGUUCACCGUGAAGCGAUGGUACGUGUUUGCUCGCCAAUCUUUCAGUAGUGGUUUAUUGAAUAUUAAACGGUACCCUUGGGCAUCACCUCAAACCAGUUAUACUUAUUCUGAAGAAAACAUGGCUUUGGCUUGGCACUGUGCUGCUGUUUUUUGUGUGUAUGUGCGUGUGUGAAAGCUGUUUUAAUGUUUUAAAUUUGAAAGCUGUAGGGAUUCUGUUUGUAGCAGUUGUGAUUUUCCACUUGGUACCUGUAUGGCAUGGAUCAGAAUGCUGCCAUGUACAUGGCUCAGUAUUGACAAGAACCACAAGGGGGAAAAAAAAACAAACAAGAAAAGCCUCUAGGCUGGUGCUUUAAAAAAAAAAAAAAAAAGGAAAAGAAAAAAAAAAAGGCGAGACCCGUUGAUGAUUAAGAUGCAACUGUUUCACUCCAAGUGAUGUUUACAGUUUUUGUACUCCAGAUUCUUCUGUUUACUGUUAUAGACUCUGAGAGCCUGUUGUUCGAAUUCAUUUGAGUAAUUACAUCGACACCCUCAGUCAGCUUAAUGCAAAGUCAGGUACAAUCCAGAUACUCCCCCAGCCCUGUACACACACACACACACACCCCACACCCCUCCUUCAGACCAGAAACUAUUGGUACGUCCCAGUUCUCUGAGCCAAGAGCACUUUUUUUUUUUUUAAAUAUAUAUUUUAUUGCUAUACUGUAUUCCAUGUUGUGCUUAGCCAAAGUCAAAAGGUCAGAAUUUUCUUCACGUUUUCUGUUCACUCGAUCUGAAAUGGAAAGAAAGCAUUAUUCGGUGUCUGUUAGCGUACUCGAUGUGCAGGCGUUUGUAACGCAUGUACAAUUGUACAACCGUCUGUCCUUUUUGAUGUUGAAAUUUUUGCACAUUUUUGAGACCAUAAUUUAUACACUGAUUUUAAUACUCUUGGCAGUGAAUGUUUGGCACAUUGUGUGUGUGUGUUUGUGUGUGUGUGUGUGUUUGUAAGAGUGUGUGUAAGAGUGUAUGAAUGCUUUUGAUUGUAUGUACAGCCAGGGAACAGUAGGAUUCUCUGACACGGUGUGGUAGGAAGAGCCGAGCUCAUGCAGGAAUGUACCACUCGAAUUACAGGUGGCACUGUUCGUGCGUUUGCUUGUACGUCUGCAUUCUUUUGUCUUCUUGAAAUGCAGCCCACAGGCUUGAACAAGCCACCACCAUGUUGUUGCUGUUCGACACUUUAACAGCUUGUUCCUAAUCACCAUCUUGGCUUCACUUUACUAACAGGACAGGCUUUCUAAUGAAGUUCGUUGUGCCACUGCUGCCACUCCUGAAUGCACUUUGUGUAUGUGUGUGUGUGUGUGUGUGUGUGUGUGUGUGUGUGUGUGUGUGUGUGUAUAUAUAUAUAUAUAUAUAUAUAUAUAUAUAUAUGUCGGGCCUUUUUCUGAUUUGAGUACUGCCAGUGCAAAGGGCACUGUGCUCAAUGCCUUGCGCUUUUGACUACACAACUGAAAAGAAAAAGAUCAUUAAAAUUAACCAAAAGGGGGGAAAAAAAACAACAACCAAAAAAUUAUUUAAAAUGGAAAUAAAUAAAAAGAAAGAUUUUCUCUUUCCGACAGAGUUCACUUAUCUGACUCAAAACUCUCUUGUCUGCUUUGUCUAUGGUACGAGAAAGCCAUGUUUAUAAUUCAAUUUCGUUUGUGACCAAUAAGCCUGUUUAUAUCAAAUCUGUAUAUCAGUGCGGCGCAUAAUUUUUUUUUUAUAUAUAUAUAUAUAUAUAUAUAAAUUUUAUUUUUUUUUCUUUUUUUAAAACUCAAGAUUAUAUGCAUGAUAGGCAUUCGAUUGGCCUAAUGAGGUUGUGACCUGCUGUGAAAGCAGAGCUGAUUGGACAAAUUGCUGGACAUCAUGAGAUUGCCUGUAAACAGCUGGCACUUUGUAUAGUGUUGCUAAUGAUGAUAAUGAAAAUAAUAAUAAAAAAAUAUUUAUUUCA